UUCUUUACUUCCGCUUUCGUGUCUCUUUCGAUGAGUCGCUCUGAGUGCUGGCUGAAGACACCUGAGCAGAGAAGCGAAGUGCUGAAGUAACUGACGAUGGAACUGGGCUUGCUGAUCGAAGGGAUCGUGGUAUUAGCAACUGCAGGGCUGGCUCUGGUUGCUGCCAUUGCAUAUAUAACUGCAAGACAGUCGCCAAGUAUUUAUGAAUAUGAGGGUGAGAAUUUAUUUCUGAAUGAUAAGAAACCAGUGCCUAGCCUUCAUGACCCUGCAACACGUGAACUUUCUGUAGUAGUACCUUCAUAUAAUGAAGAAGAACGAUUACCCUCAAUGAUGAAUGAAGCUCUAGAUUAUCUAGAGAUGAGACAGAAGCAAGAUCCUUCAUUCACAUAUGAGGUCAUAGUAGUUGAUGAUGGCAGCACAGAUCAAACCACAAAGGUUGCACUGAGAUAUGUUGAGAAGUAUGGUAGUGACAAAGUGAGAGUACUCACUCUGGUGAGGAAUCGUGGAAAGGGGACAGCUGUUAGAAUGGGUGUAUUUUAUUCACGAGGAAAAAGAAUAUUGAUGGCAGAUGCUGAUGGAGCUACAAAAUUUAAAGAUAUUGAAAAAGUAGAAAAAGGUCUUGAGAGUCUCCAACCCUGGCCUGAAAUGAUGGCUAUUGCCUGUGGAUCUCGUGCUCACUUAGAGAAAGAUUCCAUAGCACAGCGUUCAUACUUCCGAACCUUUCUAAUGCAUGGAUUCCACUUUCUAGUCAGGUUCCUUUGUGUUAAGGAUAUUAGAGACACGCAGUGUGGUUUUAAACUCUUGACCCGGGAGGCUGCUUCUCGGACAUUUUCAGCUCUUCAUAUAGAACGUUGGGCUUUUGAUGUGGAACUUCUUUACAUAGCUCAAAGCUUUAAAAUCCCAAUAUCAGAGAUUGCUGUCAAUUGGACAGAAAUUGAAGGUUCUAAGUUGGUUCCCUUCUGGAGUUGGUUGCAGAUGGGAAAGGACCUUCUUUUUAUACGACUACGAUACCUGACAGGUGCUUGGAAACUUGACACCAGAAAAAUGAAUUAAUUUAUUCAUCACCAAAGGAUUGUUUUGAUUAAAAAAUAAGAUUUUUUUCAACAAAAUCUUAA